CUCGCACAAGAAAGAGAGAAGGUCGAAUAAACCCCUAUUCGGGAGUUUGCUAAAAAAAAAAAUGUCGAGGCGCUCGUGUUCUCUAAUUCAAUGUCUGCUCCCACUGCCACUACUACUCUUCAACUUGUUAAUGAUGUCAAGCCUCUUGCAAACUUCUCAAGGUGAUGUUGGCACGGCUGCCCAGUACAGCCCUCCAUAUUUACCCACCGCUUGUUACAAUGACAGCGCGUCGCAGUUUCCGUCGAAUAAUAUGUUUGCGGCGGCUGGAGAUGGAAUCUGGGACAACGGGGCUGCUUGUGGGAGGCAAUACUUGGUCAGGUGUAUCAGUGCCGCGGUCGCCGAUUCUUGCAUAGCUGAUCAGGUCAUUCAAGUGAAGAUAGUCGACUAUGCUCUAGCAUUGACCAAAAAUCCACCCUCAGCUAGUGGCACCACCAUUGUUCUAUCGGAGACAGCUUUUGGGGCUAUUGCAAAUAAUUCUGCAGCACCUACUUCCAUUAAUUUGGAAUUCCAACAGGUAUGAACACGAAGAGUGAUGGUGCACGGCAAGCUGUGAAGAUCAGGAAGAAGAGAAUGGAUGAUUGCAUGUGUGAAUUACAGUUUUUACAAGUUAAAGUGUAUAUGAUAUCCAGCUUUGUUUCUAGCCACAAUCGUUUUACCCAUUCAUUCCUCCUAUCUAUUUCCGCGUUAUGAGCAAUGAAUGAAUGAAUGAAUACCUUUCAUUCGUAAUCUUCUUCUUUUCCUUGCGUGCUCCAUGGUUUUAGAACCUCUCGAGCUUUAACUAAUCAACGUCGUUUGACGUGUCUUGCGUCGUCUUCUUCUUUUCCUUGAAUCACGGUUGGGCGUGGCGUGGAGGUUUCAAAUUUGUCUUCGGACGACGUUUCAUAUGCGGAUUCUUAUGUAGUUUCCUGAAGUUUGAUUGCUAAAAUGUAAUGUAGUCGAGGAUAUGUGAUUGUUCAUUGUUGUGUUUAGUUGAAAAUAAAAUUUAGUGGUAUUAUGUUCGGUUCA